GAAAGGAAUAUGACAAUUUCAGACAAGAUAAAAUUGCCAACACUAGAAAAUACAAUUCAAGUAUUUUGCAGUCAACUACGGAACAAGUCAAGGCUUGGAACCAAUAGUUGUGCAGUUUCUACGUUCUAGAUUCUUUUUACAAUUCUUCCUGUUAGCCAUUGCGUUGAAAAUCCUUCAAAGGGUAACAGAAUCCACUCUUUUCUUCAAGUUGUGAAACAAAACUCACAAAGUUGGAGAGGUUUUCAAGUUUCUAGGAGACAAUACAUACGUCUGUUGAGUCAAUGAGAGUGAUUAGAAACACUGACUUGAUAUUAGACAAGGGUUUUCAAACAGACUGGAAAGAUUCUCAAGUCAAAGUCGAACAAUUCAGACACAAAACUCAACUGGUCUUUCUCAAUAGAAGAAAACGUUGUUCAAAGGAAAUAGCAAGAUCAUCUUUCCUCGUGGUUUUUUGUGGUCGCAGUUUUGUAGAUAUGCUUUUCUUGUUCACGGCUUUAUAUCCAGGCCUGUUUUUAGAAUUGUCUAAACUACUACUAGUGUAUUUGGAUAAUGUGGUACUACAAACUCGCGAGUUGAUCAAUGACUUGUGAAUCCUUUUUUUCUGUUCUAUUAAUAUCUCUAGUACAACCUUUUGUCUGCUAUAAAAUUUCUUUGCUUGUAUUGAUCAUUUCAAAGCGUCAUUGUGUAUCAAAACACUCUUCUUCAAUAGAUCAAGCUACUGCCGUUUUUGCUCAAGUUCAUCAUCUUGUAAAAAGAACAAUAGUAGCAAGUUCACUAUAAUU